AUGCAAGCCACCGCCACUCCAGCUCAGGUUCGGGAAUUCUUACGGGCAGUUGGAUACUGCCGCCUGUGGAUACUGGGGUUCGCGGAGAUUGCUGAAUCUCUGUGCUCAAGUGCUGGGGAGGCGCAGCCGUUAAGCUGGACUGAAGUGGAGCAAUGGGCCUUUGAGGAGCUAAAGAAGGCUCUCGUCUCAGCACCUGCCCUAGCCUUGCCAGACGUCAGGAAGCCCUUUCAUCUUUACGUGAGUGAGGUACAGGGCAUUGCCAAAGGGGUUCUCACCCAGACUCUAUGUCCCUGGAAGAGACCUGUGGCCUAUCUGUCUAAGAGACUAGACCCCGUGGCUGCAGGGUGGCCAGCGUGCCUCUGGGCAGUGGCCGCCACAGCAUUGCUGGUAAAGGAGGCAGAUAAGCUGACUUUGGGCCAGGAACUAGCCCUGACAACACACCCCAUGCUGUGGAAGCCCUCCUUUGAGGCUCUGCAGUAUACCCAGAGAGCCACCCAUAAGCUUGUGCGAGACGCCCUGCCAGUGCCCACCUCGGACCCUGUACAUCCUUUCCAGCCUGGGGACUCGGUGCGGUAUGAGAAAUUGUUAAGGAAAAACUUCCCCUUCAGUCUUCUCCUUGUCCUUAUUUUCAGUGUCUGGAUCAGUAUGGAAUGGGGAGCCGUGGACCUGGGCGGCGCUGCGCUCGCGCCCCACCUGGAGGACGCGGUGUGCGCCCUGCGCUGCGCGCUGCUGGACCCCUUCGCUGCAGUGCGCCGCGAGAGCUGCGAGUGCGCCGCGGGGCUGGCGCGUGCCAUGCCAGACCACUUCCACCUGCAGUCCGAGUCUCUGAUCGGCCCCCUGAUGCAGAGCAUCUCGCACCAGCACUGGAAGGUCCGUGUGGCUGUCAUCGAGGCCACGGGCACGGUCAUCCAGUUCGGCAACGGGAAGUCGGUGGACGACGUGCUCCCUCACUUUGCUCAGCGGCUGUUCAAUGAUGUCCCGCAGGUCCGGCAGGCGGUGACGCGCGUGGUGGGCGGCUGGCUGCUGGCGCUGCGGGACCGGUACUCCUUCUUCCACAAGCUCAUCCCCCUGCUGCUCAGCAGCCUGGACGACGAGAUGCCGCACAUCGUGCAGGAGGCCGCCAGCCUCUGGGCGGAGGCCGGCCUGCAGUGGCAGAAGGAGAAUGAGGAGGACCUCAAGGACAAGCUCGACUUUGCCUCCCCGCGGCCUGCCCAUCACCCCUCGCCAGAGACGCGCCCGGGGCUGGGCUGUCGGGAGCUGGUCUUCAGAAACCUCUCCAAGAUCCUCCCCGCCAUCUGCCACGACAUCAUGGACUGGGUGGCGGGGACCAGGGUGAAGGCCGCGCGGCUGCUGGCGGUGCUGCUGCUGCACGCGGAGGACCACGCCAUGCAGCACCUGGAGGCCCUGCUGCGGACCCUGCUGCUGGCCUGCGCCGACGAAGAGGGCGCCGUGGUCAGCAGCUGUACCAGGUCCGCAGAGCUGAUUGGGACGUUCGUCAGCCCAGAAGUAUUUCUGAAGCUGCUCUGGCCGAUGCUGAAGAAGUCGCCCUCCGCCUCCGGCCUCCUGGUCCUGGCCGCAGUCAUCUGGGGCUGCCCGAGGGAAGCCCUGCGGCCACACCUGAAGGCCAUCACCACGGAGCUGGCCGGGGCACACAUCCGUCAAGGCUCGGAGCACCUGCGCUACGGGGAGAAGCUGCUGCAGUGCGUGCAGGCGCUGGUGUCCACGUGCGGAGAAGAUGGCCGGGGGUGCGGCCUGCAGCUCCUGCAAGUGCUGGUGACCGUGAUGGCGCUCCUGGGGGCCCCAGGCCUCGGCAACCAGCUUCAGGAGACCGAGACCGCGCUGGCCGCGGUGGAGAGCAGUGGCGACAGCCAGGACCUCUACCGCCAGCACGUGGGCCCCCUCCUGGAGUGGCUGGGCGGCUCCCAGCGGGGCUGGACGGCACACUCCCCGGAGCUCCUGCAGUUCAGCGUGCUCGUCGACCACGCAGGCCCUGCCCUCGGAGAAGCGCUGCCCCAACUGGUCCCCGUCCUCCGGAGCUGCCUGCAGCCGGACAGAGACCCCCAGAUGCGCCUGAGGCUCCUCUCCGUCCUGUCCCGGGCGCUGCUGAGCGCAAAGGAGACCGUGGACUCGCAAGGACAGCUGCACCGCUAUCUCGACACCGUGGUCACGGACAUCCUGGUCCCCAACCUGCAGUGGCGCGCGGGGAGGACGGCCGCCGCCAUCCGCACGGCCGCCGUGUCCUGCCUCUGGGCCCUCAUCAGCAGCGAGGUCCUGUCGGCCACACAGGUGGAGGACGUGCGGGAGACGCUGCUGCCCCCGGUCCUGACGGCCCUGGAAGAAGAUUCCCAGAUGACCCGACUGACCUGCUGCCGAAUCGUUAGCGCGUUUUUUAAAUCCUCUGGUGGCGCGAGCGAGCCAGAUAAAUUCAUCAAGAUUUAUCCUGAACUCCUGAAACGGCUGGACGAUGUUUCCACAGAAGUGAGGCUGGCCGCCGCCUCCGCCCUGGCCGUCUGGCUGGAGUGUAUCAGAAAUGACGGUGCUGAGGCCUGUUACCAGCGUGACGUCCAGCACCUGUACAAGGAGCUCCUGGUGUACCUGGACGACCCCGACAGCGCCGUGCAGGACGCAGUCUUGGAGGUGCUCCAGGCGGGCAGCGUCCUGUUCCCCGACCUCCUGGUGCGAGAGACCGAGGCCAUCGUGCACAAGCACGGCUCCCCGACCCGCUGCGAGCAGCUGCUGCAGCACGUGCAGGCCCGGCCACCCGCCCCGUGACAGGGCUCCCGGCAGGGCCGUGGGUGCCACCGCCGCAGGUGGGCACCAGCACCAGCCCUCGUCCCCGCUAGCUGGAGUCAGCGGCCUACACCCCACAGCCCAGGACACGAACAAGAAGACUCUGACAGCAAGAAUGUAUUUCCUAAGGAAAAUGGCAGUGUUGUGGGACGAUGUUUCAAACCCGGCCAUUUCUGAAAUAAGGUUCUCUGAGUGGCUCUGUAUUUUUAUGUCCUGUUUAUAGUUCAUCGAAAGGUCAGCCAAAAGCCUACAGCUCAUUGGACAUUAAAACUAAAUGUCCACUGCACACUGCAGGCAGGCCCGCGCCCGCUGGCCCUCUCUGCGCUCCCUGCACUGCUGGCUCUAAUCCUGCCCCAUCUGCUUCAGUGCCACCAAGGACGUUCCUGACCAGUAAAAGCCAAGGGAUUUGAAGUUUUCAUUCUUUCUUUGGCUUCUGUCUAUUGACAUUUCAGUGAACAGACUUAAAGGAAUUUGAAAUCUUAAGAACUGUUAGUGAAUUUUUCCCAUUUAAAAUAUACUGGAACUUAAAAUGUUUUAUGGGCCAAUUCAGCCAGAAUCUUUCCUUAGGUCAGUGAUGCUAACAGUGUUGAAAAUGGAAGAUUAAUCAGAUUCUCAUUGCUCUCAGGAGCAGGAAAGUAAAUUCUACUUUAUUCUCCAGCACUUUCUACACCCAAGUGCCUCAAAGAUUUCAUUUAAAGUGGUUAUUAUUUCCAUAAGCCAAAUGCAAUGUUUUCUAACAAUCAAAUGUUAACAUUUAUGCUUUGCUGUUUCACUUAAUUAAAAAUAUUUAUUAUAAAAAAAAAAAAGAAAA